AACUGUAAAUACUAAAAUUUGUAUUUUAAAUUUGCAAUCUUCGAUACCUAUUUCGAUACUUGUUCAUAACUUCUCAUCAUAUGUUGUUCCCAACUACCUUCAGAUAAUAUUAUUAGGAGUACAUCAUGAAAUCUUGGACACACAUUUUAUAUACAAAAACCUAACCUCCAAGCAAGUAGUAUAGAGAUAAAAAUUAUAACUUAUAAAAUGUUUGUGCAUAUAUGGUUGUACAAUAGCUGAUAGUACUUAAUUAACAAGCGAAUUUUAACAAAUUAGGCAAUUUCUUAUUUUAACAUUCAACUUAAAUUUAACAAAUUCAUUUCAAUAUUGUAAAAUAAUUAAUAAACAAUGUCUGAAAUGAUUGACGAAGACGAUUGCAAAUCCAACAUGCAAUCUGCUGAUGAUUCUAGUUCAGAAUGUUGCAAAAAUUGUGGAUAUUUGUGUGAUCCGUAUAAAAAGCCAGCAUUACGUUGUAAUGUGUGCUCAAAAAAGAUCCAUAUAGACUGCUUGAAAAGGGGAAGUGUACCAGUAUCUUUUGUAGGAGAUGUAUUUUUUGAUUUAAGUUGUGGUCAUUGUAGUCCAUUUGGAGAAGAAACAGUGACUCGAAACAGAAUGCCAUGGCUUAAUGUAAUUGUAUUGACAUUAUAUAAUUUACGGGAGAAAUCAAGUGGUAUUAGCAAAAGAGGCUACUUUCAUUGGAAAUCUGAUAUCAGUACUUUUGUUGAUCGAAAUUGGGAUUACUUAUUUAAAAAGACAGUUAAAAGAAAGAAAAAUUGGAUUGGUACAAUAUCUGGAACCCUUUCUCACUACAGUGGAAUUUUCUUUAAAUCAGGAACAGUAGAAUUAGGAGAAUCUGGUUGGUGGAGACUAAUAGAUAAUGAUCCACCGGAAGUCCUUAUUGCCAAAAAUGGGAAAAUGAUACUGGACCGUAAAAAACAAAUUGGUAACCAUAUUAAACCAACAAGUAAACUGCAUGGUAGUCCAACUCUGUCGGAAUCAAGUAUUUCAGUUGGGGAAGACAACUGUUACAGUAAUAGUUCAACAAAAACUGAAGAGUGUUCUGCAUAUUCACAAACAUACAUUCAACCUGAUACAACAUUUUUUGACUUUUUACUUGAAGAAGAUGAACUAACCAAUAUGGAAAUAGAAGAUGAUAUAAUUUCUAAUGAACAAAGUGAUACUCCAUCUUUGUCAGAUUUAAUAAGAGAUUGCCAAUACCAAGCUAACAACUUUCAUUUUUCGCAACUACUGGACGAAUUUGCACCUGAAUGGACAUCGAAUACCGACGUUUCUGAGAAUAUUAACUCUAUUAAAAUGGAACAAGCAAAGGAAGAAGAAGAAGAACAGUAUGAAGAAGACAGUAACGACAGUUUAAAUUUUGUUCAGGAACAACCACCUGUUUCUUUAUUUCGAGUAACGAAACGACGACCGUGGCCCUGGCAAAGAAAUCAUAUAAUUGAUGAAAAGAUACCGUGUAUGACACAUCAAGAAGAAGCAUACUUAUUACAGCAAGUUAAUAAGUCUGCUCUUGUCUCAGCACCUCCAGAAAUUAGGCGAUUUUAUCGAAAAUUAGCUAUCCGAAAACUUAAACGAGAAUACGGUUUGCCAAUUUUGGAUAUUGAUAAGUUUGGGCAGAAAACAGAAGUUCUUGAUAAGCCUUUGAAAGAUACCGGUAGAGUUUUGGACCGAUUCUUUGGCGAUGAUCUAGGUUCGUUUGAACAGAGACUGCAAGGAUAUAAUGAGCCCACAUCUGUACAUAGUCCAUAUACGAACAGACUUUUGAAGCCAUUUAUAAGAAGAGAUACUUUAUGCCGUCCUUUAUGGUUAAAAGUAAUGGAAGAAUUGCGCGCUAAAGUCAAUAAAUUUAAUCCUAAGUGGAAAUCACCGCCAUUAGCACCCAUUGAUUAUUCUUACGUGAGACCACAACACAUUCCCGCAAUUAAUAGUUUAUGCAGUCAAUUUUUUUGGCCUGGUAUUGAUUUGACCGAAUGUUUGCAGUACCCUGACUUCAGCUGUGUAGUUUUGUACAAAAAAUUAGUCAUAGGAUUUGCAAUUUUAGUUCCCGAUGUUGGUUACAAUGAAGCUUAUAUUUCAUUUUUUUUAACGCGCCCCGAAUGGCGCAGAUCUGGGAUAGGAACAUUUAUGCUUUAUCAUCUGAUUCAAACGUGUAUGGGCAAGGAUGUCACCCUACAUGUGUCGGCAACCAAUCCUGCCUUAAUCUUGUAUCAAAAAUUCGGUUUCAAAGUAGAGGAAUUUGUUCAAGACUUCUAUGAUAAAUAUAUGCCAUCGAAUUCACGAGAAUGUAGGCACGCGCUCUUCUUGCGAUUAAGCAGAUAAAUAUGAAUCAACUUUGAAUGGUACAUAUAUGUAUAUACGCCUAUCAAUAAUUUAAUUAAUUGCUAUUUGUAGCAAAAUAAUUUUAAUCUUUUGUACAAUAAAGAGAAAUGUUUCUAAAUGUUUAUAUGCCACAAAUUUUUAUCAGUAAAUUUAUUCGCAUGUAUAUACUAGAAUAUAUUUUGAAAUACGCAAUAGUGUAAUGCAUUCAAUUCAGUGUACACAUAUAUAAGCGACUUCUGUUAUACGCGCCGAACUCUCGAGAGCGAUGUCACGAGUAAUCAGCCGAUUAGUAGGUAAAUUCUUCCCCUACCAUCCCCUACUUUUUCCUUAACCUCGAGAAGCCAUCUUUGCAUGCGAUAUAUCAAUACAGUACAUAGCUAAAUUCACGUUGUACCAGAACGACACUUUCUUCAUUAAUUUUCAUCUUUCAACGUAA